ACGGCAGUCCGCCGGCAGCGAGGUACGCCGCCGCCGGCAGCAAGCGUCCGCCGGACGCAAGCGGACGCGCAAAACAUGCAUACGAGCCGUCCCCGCGGCGUGCAUAGCAUCGCUCUUCUGGUGGCUCUCGCGAUCGCAUGGUUGCCGCACGCCGACCACGCCGCGGGAGCGGGCGGAGGAGGAAUGUUUGGUGACGUCAAUAUUUCAGCCAUAUUGGAUUCACUAAGUGUAAGCUAUGACAAGAGAGUGAGACCAAAUUAUGGAGGACCGCCAGUGGAUGUGGGAGUCACCAUGUACGUGCUCUCCAUCAGCUCCUUAUCAGAAGUGAAAAUGGAUUUCACACUGGAUUUUUACUUCAGGCAGUUUUGGACUGACCCAAGACUGGCAUAUAAGAAGAGGACCGGUGUUGAAACACUCUCUGUUGGAUCAGAAUUUAUUAGGAAUAUUUGGGUACCUGACACUUUCUUUGUGAAUGAGAAACAGUCAUAUUUCCACAUUGCCACUACAAGCAACGAAUUCAUCCGUAUUCACCAUUCCGGAUCUAUAACACGGAGUAUAAGACUGACUAUCACCGCUUCUUGCCCUAUGGAUUUGCAGUAUUUUCCAAUGGAUCGUCAAUUAUGCAAUAUAGAAAUUGAAAGUUUCGGCUACACCAUGCGGGACAUCCGUUACAAGUGGAACGAGGGACCCAACUCUGUGGGUGUAUCGAGCGAGGUGUCCCUGCCGCAGUUCAAAGUUCUGGGACAUCGCCAGCGAGCUAUGGAAAUCUCUCUCACCACAGGAAAUUAUUCGAGAUUGGCGUGUGAAAUACAGUUCGUGCGUUCCAUGGGAUACUAUUUAAUCCAGAUUUAUAUUCCGUCUGGUUUGAUCGUGAUUAUUUCAUGGGUAUCGUUUUGGUUGAACCGGAAUGCGACACCAGCUCGAGUUUCAUUGGGCGUCACAACUGUGUUGACGAUGACAACACUCAUGUCGUCGACGAAUGCCGCUUUACCUAAAAUUUCGUAUGUGAAAUCUAUCGACGUGUACCUGGGAACUUGUUUCGUCAUGGUCUUCGCUAGUCUUCUAGAAUAUGCAACUGUUGGCUACAUGGCAAAACGAAUACAGAUGAGAAAACAAAGGUUUACGGCUGUUCAGAAAAUGGCUGCCGAAAAGAAGAUGCAAAUCGAUGGCCCACCAGGAACAUCUGAGCCAUUGCCUCCACCGAGAACAAGUACAUUGACAAGACCACCGCCACCUAGUAGAUCUUCAGAAAUACGAUAUAAAGCUCACGAUCCAAAGGCCUAUUCUAAAGGCGGAACACUGGAAAAUACAAUUAAUGGAGCUCGAGGUGCGGCAGCAGCUCCCGCCCCACAACCAGACGAGGAAGCUGGUCCUCCCCCUCAUUUGAUUCAUGCAUCAAAGGGCAUCAACAAACUGCUGGGCACUACUCCAUCAGACAUCGAUAAGUACUCCCGCAUCGUGUUCCCCGUGUGCUUCGUCUGCUUUAACCUAAUGUAUUGGAUCAUUUACCUUCACGUCUCCGACGUAGUGGCCGAUGAUUUAGUACUUCUCGGAGAGGAAAACUGAAUUUAAGCUAACGUAACAGAUCAAGCACUUACUAAAUUUGACUUACUCGUAUGUAGGGCGCCCAACAACAACUCUCUACAAAUUCGAAGUGCUUUUAAAAUUUAGUAAUUUGUAAUCUCCCAGCACCGUAAUGAUCUUUUCGAAAAUAGAAAGAAUCACAAUACAGUUAUACUCGUAUUAUACCUAUUUUAUUGUAAGUGACACAAAAGAUCAAAUUUAUAAUAAACUCUGAUAAUGAGGGAAAUUAAAAAGUUCAAAUGUAUGUCAAUCAAUAUUCUUGAAAUCGAUAAAGAAGGUAUUAAUAAAAUUUUAUUAUUAGGUAUAUCUUUUACAUAGUAAAAAUUGCCUGAUUUAAAUAAAAAAAAAUUAAAAUAGUGUUAAAAUAUCAAUAAAAAUUAUUACAAUGUACUAAAUUUACUUAUGUAUUGUUUUAAAUUGAUGUUGAUAUUAAAAAUUAGUUAAAUUUAUUACUUAUGUGUUUGUUAAUACAUUGCACCAAAAAUACUUGAUAAAUAUUCAUAAAAUUUAAAUCUAAUCUCGGUCAAAUAUUUUGAUACUUUUAUUCCGAAUCUUCAAAGAGUUAUUAUUAUUUGUACCACCCAAAAUAUAGUCACAGGUAUAAUUACUUAUAAGCCAAAAGCAUUUUUCAUAAUACUUUCAUUAAUUAAUUAUUUUUAUUUUAUAUUAACGCAAAUGGAUUACUUAACGAGCACGGAAAAAAAAUUAGAAAUGUGUAUAGCAUUUAUUUCAUUAGAUAUUUUUAGUCACCCAGAAGAGAGUAGUAACUAGAUUUGAUAUAUAACAUUUCAAUGGGAUCUCCAUAGAAAAAAAAAGUUGACACAAUUCUACAGUACGAAUUCUAUGUAUCAAUUAAUGUAAAAAGUUUUUAAUCACAUAUAGACAGAUCAAAUAAUUAAGAUAUCAUCUUUAGUACUAGAAGCCAUCCAUUAAGGUCAUACAACAUGGUUUUACCACAACCAGUACGAAUAGUCUGAAAGUGACUACGUACAGUUAAAUUAUGACAGUAACUCAUUUAAGCAGUUUGUAUGUAAUAUAUGUUUGAGUAGACGAUAGACAGUUCCAAAUGAUUAGUGCCUCCUCUUACAGUGAUAUCUGAAAGCACUCUUGAAUAAAAAUAAAUCUGUAUAGUUCCUUCCGUCAAUAUUGUAUAAUCAGGAAUGUAAGGAAAGAUUGUUAAAAGUAAUUAUAUAAAUGAAUGACGGAAUAUGAAGAGGAUUUGAAUGUGUAGUGUCUAUCACAGGUAUAAAUAUAAGAUAAAAUGUAAAUAUUUAUACAUACAUACACAUAUAUAUCUAUAUUAUAUAUAUAUAAAUAUACGAUUAUUCUAGUUUUUUAAAAUAAAAUUAUUCAGUUCCAUUUACCAAGUUAACACCGGUAUUAAGACACUUCAAUAUUAAUUCUAGUGCACAUGUCACUUUUUCUACGUAGUUUAAAAUAUCACGUAUCAACUCAAUGUCUCCAUAAUGUUUUGCAGGGUGAAAACUACUUUCAUUCAAACUGACUAUUAAUUUUUUUUCAAUGUAAUCAGAUAUUAUGGAGACUCUAAUUUCCAAACGUAGACAAAUAUAUCGACUUUGUAAUAAUAAAUAUAUGUAAGACAUACUAAAAUAGCGGACGAUAAUCUAUGGUACAUAGAAAAGGUCAAUAAUACCAUUAUAUCUAAAUUUAUUAUAGUGUAAGUGCAAUAAUUAUUAAAUAUAUUAGUUGAUGAUGUAUGGAAUGUGCUAGGUUAUAAUUAUGCUGUGACUACAUUGAUUUAUGUAAAAUAAAAUAAGGAAUUUAGACAAACAUUUGAUAAUGUUAUGAUCUCAAUUAUUCAAUAUUCAAUUUUAUUUUAACUGUAUGCUUUUAAAAAAGACAUGUAGUUAUUCACGAUGACCAACUCAAAAGCAACUAAUUUGAUGGAAUUUUGAUUUUUUCAUCUAGUUUGAAUUAUAUUUCGUAUAUUUCAGUUGUUAAUUAUUAAAUUCGCUAAAAUAGAUUCUGAUAUAAUAAUAAUUGAAUUACUUGGACACCUUUUCUUAACCCUAAUAAUGCUUUUAAAUAUUUAUGUAUAUAGUUGGUAAUUUCACUUCACAUAUCAUACAUUUCAUAACCAUUUUUAUUAUAGUAUCAAUUAUAAUUAAAUUUCAAUUUUUAUGUUGCUAUUUCUGAUCGACAAUAUGUUAUCUUGUAUAUUGUAUAUAAUAUGAGAUAUAACUGUGAGCUACCUUUUACUUGAAUAUUAUAUAUAUUUUUUUCUGAAUUUGCUCAAUGUUAUUUAAAAAGUUUAGUUAUAUAAGUGGAUGGAUAUAAAAGAGUCGUCUAGUAGGAGUUGUAACAAAUAGGCUAGGUAGGUAUAUUUUUAAAUAAAUAUUAUGAUUUGCCUCCUAUUUUAUAUGUUUUGGACUAUAUAUUUAGGACUAAAUACUUUGUUAUGAAUUUCUUAUAGCGGACGAUCUAGUUUUCAUGUUCGUAUUUUUCUUUUAAAUGAUAUAAAUUACUAAACAUUUCUUGUUUCGAGGUGAAAAUUUUAUGAAGACUGAGUCAGUAUCUUUUGAGUUCCUUACACGACGGAAUUAAUAAUGCCGUACACAGUACGCCGAUUGACACAAAUAGAAUCUGACUUGGAAAUUUUAUUAUCGUUUCACAUUCGUCUAUCAAUUAUAAAUGGUGUACUUGACACAAGAGUUUAUCGAAAAAAUUCAGAAUUUGUUAUCAUAGAAAAAUGUUAAGUUUGUACUUUAGAAAAAAAAUAUAAUAUUGUUGUCUUACGAUUAGUAGUAACAAACAGCCAAAUUGAUAAGUAUAACUUAUAUAAUAAUAAUUAGACUCACUUCAGAGAAAAAACUAAGAAUUAAUAAAUGUACAUUAUGAAAAUGAGAUAAUUAUGUAAGAUGUGAAUUCGCAUUAUAUUGCACCUAGCUAGUAAGGAAGUAGCGUAGCUUAGCGUCUGGGGGAACGGGCGAUGCGCGUCUUAAAAUAAUAUACUUCAAUUUUUAAUCAAUGGCUUAUAAGGUGUUGAUGAUUUAGUGACCAAAGGAGAUAAAGGUUUUUGGACCAUAAAAUCUAAUAAUGCCUCCUACGAAUUUAUUCAGAAUGAGAAGAUAAGUAAGUAUAAUAUUGAUACAAGACAGAAGAACGCGUAUUGCCCGCAAACCUCAUACGCGAAACCAAAUUCUAAAUCACAUUUAAAUAAAAUAUAGUAUAAUUAAAAGUAUAUUGUGGGAGUAAAAUCAACUUAGAGAUAUUAAGAUAAUUUAUUAUAGGUAUCAGAUGAAAUUCAGUGGCGUAAUAUCACAUUUCGUAUUCAUCGAUUUGGAAAAGAAAAUUAAAAGAAAUAAUAUUUCUAUAGGUUGAUGCACAUACUUGUAAUAGUAUACAUUUUGCAAUCGAUUAACAUACAAGCAAGUGACUGUUAGUGUUCACAUGAAAUACAAUGUUAGUAUAAAUCAAGAUUUAUGAUACCUUAUAUAAAAUGUGAACAUUUCUUUUUUAUUAUUUAUUUAUUCAAAGCAACAUCGAUCACAUACCGUCACUUGCAGAAUAUCCGUGUACCUUUCUGAUGCCUUUCAAUUUAGAUUCUAAUGGUAAUAAAGAAUAAAUUUUUUCGGUACAUGUUUGAAGUUUUGGGCCUGCAAAAAGCACACGGAGUUAUAUGAAGUUCAUCUGGCACACUUGAAAUUAAACUUGUUAUUUCGUAAUAUACAUAUAUAUUAAUGAUAUUACUGUACAAAUAAGCAUACAUUAAGUUGUGAUCUAAAUACAUACGCGUUUCUUUAGGAUUUUGCCAGUUAGAAUGUAUGUAUUUACAGUAAUUUCAAUAUCCCUAAUUAUAAUUGUUUUUGAGUGCAUGAUGUACUUGUUUUUAAUGAUUUUAGUGAAUGAAUAUGAUUAUAAACUAAUAGUAUUUAUUACUUUCAGAGAAAGGCUAAAGGAAAGAAUAGAAAGUAUUAUUACGACGUAUAGAGUCGAAUAUGUAAGUAAAGCGUGUAAAGUGCCAACUAAAAAUUUACAGCUACAUUUUCGCUGUAAUUUUUUUAUUCACUUUUAUUAAAAGUAAUAUAAUAUGAAUAAUUUUGUGUGAAUUCUAAAGUAGAUUGAUAAUAAAUAAAUUAUAUUAGAAUACUGAGUUCAAUAUUGACAUAUUCAUUAAUCUGUUUCACAGCAUAUCAGUUACUUUCACAUAAAAUUAAAGCUAUAAUUAAAGUUAACAAUCUUGAAUUUCUUAGUAUAUUAUUAAUUAUUAUAGUUCGAAACAAUAGAACAGUAUAACUAUUUGUAUGAUACUAAAUAUCAUUGACGAAAGUACUAUUAUGGAUUUACUAGUUGAAACUAAUUGCAAUAAUCUAGUUUUAUUUAAAUAUUAAGAUAAUAAAGAUAUUUUCAGUAUCUCAUAUUAAGCGCAUACAUGAUUACCCUAUAAUAUAUUUAAAUUACAGUAUUGUUUAUAUGUGUUAUCGCAUAUGUAUCAUAUGCACUAAUGCAUACAAUAUCUUGGAAAAAGAAAAGGUAACAUUUCUGAAAUUUCUAAAUAGAUUAAAUUAUUACAAACCAAUAUGAAAUAAUACUGUACUAGAAAAUUAUAGUUUACAUUAAUUAUUUUGUUGUAGAAAUAAAUAAAAAAAGGAUCUUAGGGUUCUUAUUUUAAAAAAUUAAAAAAAUAUUUUCUUAUUAAAAUAUGUUACGCUGAAUAGUUGAAAGUAUUUUAUGAUGAAUGAAUUUAUAAAGCAAGAGUUUGCAGUGAGACAUGGCCGAUAAUCGUAUCCCAUUGUUGCGGCAUUUGCAUUCAAUGCUAGGCCAAUGUGGUCUUUCACUUGUGGCAAAUAAAUAUGUAAUGGCAGUCUAUUCCUGGUAUUAAAACAAAUAAAUAAAAAUACUUUUGAUACAGAUAUCCAGAUUACAAUGUUUUAUUUAAUAUUUAUCCAAGAUAAACAUGUAAUAUUGCUGAAAGUAUUUACAUAAGAUAAACUUAAAUAAAGAAAAAAAUUAUAACAUUCUUAUUAUGUUUCCUUGUUUUAAAAACCUAUAAUUAAAAUUCGAAUGGCAGAUGUAAUUGAGAUUGAAUGAAACGUUGAUUUUUUUGUUAUUUAUUUAUUACAAAGUUCUAAAUUUAGAGGUUAUACAACAACAAAAGCCAUCAGAAUGCUCAAUCUUAUAAAGACCAUAUUCGUUUUUAAAAGCUAAUUUUAUAUUUUUUAUAUACUUUCUUUUUUUACAUUUAUGGAUUACCUAGAAAUUUUUUAAGAGCCCACAUAAAACUUAAUAAUAAUGAUAUUUAUUUAAUCAGACUACAUAAGGCCCAUUUUGUUAGUUAUAAAUUGACUUAACCUAUGUUAGUAAAUGAGCGGUCAUAACGCUCUUGCAUUGAUAACCUGUCCCACAUAAUAUUUUAGGAUGGGACAGUCCAUUUUAUCAGCAAUUACCCAACAGCGAAACAAUUCGUUUGCGCUGUAUUGCGUCAAAAUCAUCCGUACAUCCAUUAAUAACAUAAUAAGAAUUGGUGUAAAUAUCUUCUGAUAGAAAAUAUAUGUUACUUACAAUUUUCGUUUAAAUAAUUUUGUCUGUGACAAUUCCUGUUGUAAAAGCUCUAAGUAAUUAAAAUGUUGAAACCCUGAAAGAUGAUUUGAAUAGUAAUACUGAUAUUAUAUUAACUACUUAUAUCCCAAUAACAACGAAAAUUGCUGUAAUAGUGAUUGAUGGUCGCAUGUAUGAAGUUUUUAGUUUUACUAUGUAGAGCAGCUCCAACCGGACCAAUUUCAAGUAAAAGAAUGUUUGAAAACAUCAGUUUUGUGAAGUAUAGGCGACUGAUUUUCAAUCAACUCAAUUGUGUAAUAAAGAUGACAGAUUACGUAUUAAAUAUACUGUGUUACUAUUUGUGGUUGUAUAACAUUAUACUACACCGUCCGUUUCAUAAACCUGACAUGCGAAUCAGGCUUUAUUGUAUAUGCUUACUAAUAAAAAAUGUGUGUCCCAUCAUCAGUAUUAUAUAUUUUGAGGAAGUUUAUCUCUUGGUCGAUGUCAAAUUAGAUCAUAUUAAAAAAGUCUAUUUAUUUAUAUUUAUUUCAAUGAUGUACGUGCAAUUUGUAUUAGUAAGCACAAUGGAAAUUAUCAUAUUAAUAAUCAUGUAGCUUUAACUAGGUUAAACCUAUAUAUAAUUUAUGUUUAUUAAUUUGUAAUUUUAUUUGUUAUUUGUAAUCUGCAACGUUGCUGUAACAUUAUAAAAUAUCUGUUCGAUUAAUUCGCUGUUGUUUAUUUUAUAACAAUGGCUUCUAAAAUAAUUCUCGUAUGAAAUACUAUUUAAACUAAUCAGUUUAAGUGACUAGUAGAACAAUUUAAAACUGUGCUGUUUGCAGUGCUUUACUUCCAUAGAUCAUUAGAUCACAUUUUCCAAGAACGAAUUAACUAUUUAGCAAUACAUGGUAAAUCUACAGUUAUUGCUCCUAUAUUAUGAUGAGUUUGAGACUGAAAGUUCAUAAUAAUAAAAAAGUUAUCUCAUUAUUUACAAUAUAAUUCGUUGUGCCAUGUUUAUUUGUAUAAUUUGUAUGUUUAUGUCUAAGUGAACUCCUUCUUCCUCGUCGCAAAACUAAAUUUUAUGGUGUUGGUGUGGUUAAUGAUGUUGCUCAAACUGAAUAACUUUAAAACAUGUAGUUACAUUGUACGAAAUUUAGUUCUGUGAUCCAAUAAAUUAUAUGAUCUGUA